AGUAGUAUUUUCAUGAGCUUCUCUUCGAAGUCGUGGAUAACGGCGCACCAUAUCUUUCGAAUAAUUUAUUUUGAUAUAUCAAACGUUUGCAGCAAAAGUUAAAUCCACAAUGUCUGCGCAUACACUAAUACCAUCCGACGAAAGCUUACAAGGUUCUUGGGUGGAGCUGCAUUUUGACUCAGGCAGCAGUCACGGACAAGAUGGACCCCAGCCCGGCCACAUCGCUGACCUGGAGAGGUUACUGUUGGAUGCACAGCAUGAGUCCAGCAGCCCCUCUCGAGGAAGCUCACACUGCGACAGUCCUCCGAGGGCCCACACUCCCCUGCUUAUAUUUAGAGGCUCUUCCGACGGUCACAGCACCACACAGUCAGAAGAGGAUUUCCUGGAGCAGAGACGGGAACUGGAGUCUCUCCUGAAAAGGAAAGCUGAAUGGAUUUCGGACUGGUCCAGUCGGCUGGAAAAUGUUCCGCCCAAAGAGUUUGUGUUGAAACGGCCCAAACGUUGCCGCACGCUCAGUAUGAGGAGGAGUAGCGUGAUGAAGAGAGACGGUGUCUUCUCCCCCGACAUCCUCAAGAUUCUUCUGCCCUCUCUGCUCGUGUCACACAUGGUUGUGUUUGGCAUUGGGAUCUGCAUCGGUAGACGGCUGGCGGCUUCUUGCUCUACUUAAAGCCGCCAAAGGUGACUGUACUCCUGCUGCCUGAAGAGCAAUUAACUGGGACCCGUCCAAGGUCCAUGAGGCCUGUUCCUCUUUCUGCUGACAGCCUCGUUUCUGGGAGCCUGCAUGGAUAGGAAAUUGCCUCAUGUCCUCUUGCUGGACAUGGUUCCUCUUUAGUAUGUCAGUUUUUCACUUUGAUAAAUGACCACAUAGAAAGGCCAGCAGAUAGCCAUGCUUUGUCAGGCAUUACAAUCCAAUGUCAGUUCAAGUUAGAUAUGACAAUCCAAUAUUACGUAGGUCUUGCCUGUUCAACGUGCCGAUAAGGGACAAGUAGAGACAUGCUCUGUUUUUCUCUCUCUCCCCCGCCCCCCACCCCCUUUGUGCCUUAACUUGAAGGAAUUCCAGGAAUUAAAGGCAGAUUAUGGCUUGAUUAAAAGAAACCACAGGUUGGUUUGAUUCAGAGGUUCAACUUUGAUAAUGAUGACAGAAAAAGUGUGUAAAAGUUGUACAGUUGAAUUGGUAAUCUACUUUUCUUUUGUGCAAGCAAGUUAACAAUAUGGGACAGUCCAAACUGGUGCUUGAGAGUCUUGGACUAAAUUCACCCUGAAAUACUCUCAUUGCUUGUGUGUGUGUGCAUCUUGGAAAACCAGAAGGUUUGGUUUCAAAGCAACAUGUAAGCAUUACAAAGGGCAAAUAUGCAAGCGGAAGAUUUUAAGUUUAAUUUUAACAUUUAAACUUUGCUAGCCUUUUGUGUCCUCUGCAAUUCUUUGAUUUCUGAUAUGACUGCAUAUGGAUCGACAUGGUUUUAUACUUAUGAUUUGCUACUUUAAAAAUGAAAAUUGUGAACAUAACUCAACGUACAACCAUUAAACAGAGAAAAUCA